AUGGAAGUAAAAAACGUGACUUACUUCAAUACAACUAAUUUAACUGUGGUUGAAGAACUUUUCGACGCUGCGGGACUACCGGAAGUGAUUUGUUUCAGUCUGUUGUUCCUGAUAAUAGGAUUCGUGGGUAUAUCUGGAAAUGGAUUAGUGAUUUAUGUUGUUAUUAGCAACAAGAAAAUGCGACAAUGUGCGACUAAUCUAAUGAUUUGUAACUUGGCUCUGGCGGAUUUAGUCAUUAUGAUGUUUGGAAUCCCCGAAAUUGUCCAGUUUAUGAUUAAUCGUGGUUGGAUAUUUGACCUUUUGACCUGUAAAAUCAAUCGAUAUAUAAUGGUAUCCAGUUUGUAUACGUCUGUUUUAACGCUCGUUGCCGUCUGCAUAGAAAGGUAUGUUGGUAUAAUCCAUCCAUUAAAAGCUUAUGUUCUUUGCCACCGGAAGCGGAUAUCAGUAGUUAUCGGGGUAAUCUGGGUAAUAUCCUGUCUAGCUGGCAUACCGACCUUGACCUUCAAUGAAGUACUUCCCGGACAACAGAACGAUACGUCAUUGAAAUUCUGUAUGAUGUCAUUUCCGGCAUAUCAUAAAACAUUCUUUUUGGUAUUUAAAUUUAGCGAAUUUGUGAUAUUUUAUCUGGGCCCUCUGAUUAUCCAAGUUAUUUUAUAUGCAACCGUGUCGAAACAUCUUUUCGUCAAAACUGACCAACUACACCGAAAAUUGAAAAGUUUUGACGAAAGUGGUACUCCUAUAGAAGUGACAUCAGAAGCAGUACAGGCUAGACGUGGUGUGGUAAAAAUGUUAAUUUUGAGUGUGUUGGUGUAUUUCUUGAGUUAUUCACCACAACAAAUUUUGUUAUUUUAUCACGUGAUCUAUCCAGCGACAUUCCAAUCACAUUGGUCGUUACAAGUGUGCGUUAUGAUCGUUGCUUAUAUCAACUCUGCCGUCAAUCCUAUAUUUUACAGUAUUUUCAGUCAAAACUUUAGAAAUGGAUUUAAACGUGUCUUAUGUUGUGAAAAGGAUCAGAGAAAAAUUACAUACACUUCGAGUUGCAGACUGGGACGUUUUAUGAUGGUCAGUACUUCUUGA